CCCCAAGUUUAAUCACGACCGUUUACGACGACGACGACACUCGCUCCUCUCUCACAAAAACCCAGCAUUUCCAGAGCCACAAAGCUCAUUUGCUAUCCCAUCAGCUCUGUGCUUAUAAUCACUCUCUAAAUCCCAAAACAUCAGUCAAAAUGAAGAGCUUCUUCGUCCUCCCCUUCGCCCUUUUGGCCGCCACCGUUGCCGCUCAGGACCCGUCCUGCGGUGCCACUUACAUUGUUGAUGCCUGCCUGAGUGGCGAGAAGGCCAAGUUCAACGCCUGCGGUGACAACGACUGGGGCUGCAAGUGCUCCAGCUACGAGGCCAUCGUGACCUGCUUCAACAACUGCCCCAACGACUCCCGCAAGACCUCGGAGGAGGGCCAGAAGAGCAUCUUCUGCGGCUACAACUCGCAGUUCCCCUCGUCGACCACCCUGGCCCAGACCGCAAGCGCCACCGGUGCCUCCAACACCGCCGCCGCCGCCGCUGCCACCACUACCUCGAGCUCCAGCUCCACCGGCAGCUCCACCGCCGCACAGCCCUCGCAGACCGGCGCCGCCGCCGACCUGGCCAUGAACGCCGGUGGCAUCCUGGCCGUCGUCGCUGCCGUCGUCGUUGCUGUUCUGUAAAAGAAAAAUAGAGACAGUCAAACUAAUUAAACCGAAAACAAAAAAAAAUCACGAAAACGACAACAAAAACAAGGGACGAAACCAAUGAGGAUUGAUUUACACAACAACAAGAACAACACAAUGGUUCCACUAAUACGGGAACACAGAAGAAGGCUGAUAAAGAAUACGAGGUUUCCGGGUAGCGUUGUUGACGUUAAUGUUGUCACACCCCCAAUAAUAUGCGCCAACGCCCACCCAGCCUCGUGUUCCCCAUGUCACCUUUGAAUAAUGACAGUGCUUCCCACUCGGGGGGUGUUGGGAUCCAAAAAAAAUCCGGUCAAAAUUCCUUCCCCAGAGUUUCUACCGGUCCGGCGACGGAAAUCUUCUUAAUGAUAUUGGAGCAGAGACAUAGACAGACCUAUGAGAGCGGGACAGAAGUCAACAUAUCUGGUAAUAACCUUGCUUGUUUAGUCUUGUCCGGUAGAUAAUGAUAUCCACGGCGUGUUUGCAAUUUUGAUUCCUUCGCAUCAACCUAGUCCGAUCCGGUUAAAAGUGAACUAAGAUAGCAACCUUAAUG